UUCUCUCACUGUGCUCCGCUCUCCACCCCUCUCUCUCCUUCCCCUUCUCACGCCUCCUCUUCCCGUUGUUAUUUCUCCACCUGCUCGUUCUUCGGCGAGCGAUCGCGACGCACCGAGAUCUCGUUGGACACGAUGGACAUGAGCAGCGAGUCGAGCGCCAGGACGUGGUACGAGACGCCUAGGUUGGAGCCGCCUUCGGGGGGUGCCGGGGUGGCCGGAGUGGUCGGCAACGAUUACAGGGGUUACUACCCUCACACCGGACCGACGGCGCAUCACCCCGCAGCUGCGGCCCACUACGCUCACACGAGAAUGUCGAGCAGCGGCGUGUCGAGCGGUCCAGUGAGCCAAGUCUGCCGGCCGCAUUUCCACAGCUCGGUUCUCCAUCCGUGGCUCUCCGGCAGCAGCGCGGAUACCUCGAAGACACCCUGGGGAUUCCCCGCGACGACGACCACGGGCGGUGCUGUGAACGACGAGAAGCCGCAGAGUCCCUUAGGAUCCUCGCUACCACCCACCACUGGAAGUUUGUCGAGUCACGGUGGCGGUGGUCAUCAUCUCUUCUCCUUUCCGCCGACACCGCCCAAGGAUGCUACGCCUGAUAGCAUAACCGCCAGCACGACCUCCAGCACGAACAACAACAACUCUACGAGCGCUAAUAAUAAUAACAGUGGUAAUCCUCUCUCCGGGUUGGGCGGUGGUACUACCAGCGAUUACCAAGCGGCGGUCGCUCACGCGGCGGUAAUGGGCGCGUUUAUGCACCAUCAAGACGCGCUAGGCGCAUCCGGUGCCAGCUCGUGCGACAUCAAGCCGACGGUGAUGCUUGGCCAUCAUCACGGAGCGCCCUCGCCGCCACAUCAGCAACACAACGGUUCCAACAACGGCAGCAAUGGUCCUGCCGGCACGAACGGCUCAUCCGCCGGCCAGGUGAAGCAACGAGAAGGUAAUAAUCAAUCUGGCAAUGUGACGGGCAGCCAACAGGCGAGUGCCACGCAACAGCAGCAACAACAGCAACAGGACGCGUAUCAGAGCAACAACGGUGUGCCGGCCGGCGGCGGCGGUGGUGGUGGCGGUGGUGGUGGCGGCGGCGGCGGCGGUGGCGGCAGUGGCAGUGGCGGCGGCGCGGCCUCGCCCUGUAGAGACAAUUACGCGGCCGCGGCCGCCGUCGCGGCAGCGACCAACAGCCACCAUGCCACUUCCGGUUCGCAGUAUGACCCAGCUGCGAGCGCGUACAAUAUGUACCAGCACCUGCAGUAUCCCACCACCACCCACCAUCACCAUCAUCAUCAUCACGGCGCCACCUCGUCGUCUACCGCCGCGUCCCACAAUCCGCACAACGGCAGUGCAGCCGCGAUCGCCGGUAUUUUCGGUCACCAUGCCGGCGGUGCCGGCACCGGUAAUGCAACCGGCGGCCUAGCCGGCGGCCUACCCGGCGGCGCCGACUCGAAGCUGCUAGUCGGUCACGCGGCCGCGCACGGAAACACGCCGGGCUCGCCCUCCGCGCAGCAACAGCAGCAGCAAAAGCCGAGGAACAAGUCGAGGACGUCCGCCGAGGGUCGUGAGUGCGUGAAUUGCGGAGCCACAUCGACACCCCUUUGGAGACGAGACGGCACUGGUCACUACCUCUGCAACGCUUGCGGGCUUUAUUACAAGAUGAACGGUCAGAAUCGACCCCUCAUCAAGCCGAAACGACGACUGUCGCUGCAGAGUGCGGCGAGACGGGCGGGCACCAGCUGCGCCAACUGCAAGACGGCGACCACGACCCUCUGGCGGAGGAAUCAGGCCGGUGAGCCAGUCUGCAACGCUUGUGGGCUCUACUACAAGUUGCACAACGUGAACCGGCCGCUGACGAUGAAGAAGGAAGGUAUCCAAACGAGAAACAGGAAGCUCUCGUCGAAAAGCAAGAAGAAAAAGGCCGGCGGUUGUCUAGGUCUCGGUGGUGUCAUGGGCGACAUGAUCAAGGCCAGUGGACACCUUGAUCUCGACAACAAGCCCUUCCACUCAGGAUUCGGAUCGCCAAUGGGUACGUCGCAGCAUCAUCACACGAUGCAUCCGGCGAUGCAGCAUUACAUGUAUCACACGGGUGUCGGCGUGGCCGGAGGUCUUCAUCAGGGAUUUGCGCCACCGGCGCCGCCCCCCAUCCACCCGCACUCACAUUCGCAUUCCCAUUCUCAUCACAUGACGAGUCUUCAGGGUCUGCAGCUGGCGGCCACGACGAACGCAAUGACCGGCUGGCGAUCGGAGUACACAUGAAUCGCGAGUGACUAGCAGCUCAGGACGCAGCCCACCACUGUCUCGUUGUAAUGUAAAAAGCAAGGAAAAAACAGAAAAAAAAAAGAUAAACUAAACACAAAACCGCCGCUCCUCUUCUCUUUCUCGCACGCGGGCCUUCCUCAGCCAAGGGGGCCACGAUCGAUCACUGACGACACGAAAAUCCCGACACGCGGGAUCCCGGGAUUCACGUCCUUGUGCAUGGCCGUGAGAGCGUCUGUCGGAUCUCUCUUAAGUGAAAGCUCAUGUAAAUAUGUAAAGUUUCAUGUAGGGCCAUCGAGCCCCGGCCCCAAGUACAAAGGAAAAAUCAGCUACUGUAUUGAGUCUUAUAUAUGAUAUAUAACAUGUAAAUAAAUAUAUAGAUACAAGAAUUUAUAUUAUAUGUGCGCGCGUACGAGCGUGAGUGAGCGAGUGCAUGCGGAAAGAGCGGAUGCGUGUGUGCGUGUGAUGACCUGUUUUUAGGUGACUCCUCGGAGGAUUCUGGGUGGACGAUCAAAUCGGAUCAAAUGCCGGACCGUCGCGCGGGAUCAUAAUGCGCGUUACGUAGGGGAGGGGGCGAGCGGGAUCUAUGUAAUUAUUCACUCUAAAAAA